ACCGUUACCUAUUACUACCCACCUGUUCGCAGUUGAGCUCGUAUUGAUAUGUACCUACUCGUUAGCUCUGUGAGGGAACAUGCUCGUGCCAUCUCAGUCUCCAACCAUCGUGCUUUAGAUAUUCAUGCAACGGGCCGCCAAAGCUACUACCACUUCACCUCUGCAGCAUGGAAUGAUCGAAUGAUUCUCAGAUCAUGUUUGAGUUUCGUGACAUAGGAUUGGAGGUGCAGCAGCCAAUUUGCUUCUCUCUCAGCGGCNAGGCUACCGCUGUCCUCAUUCCAUACAACCACGCUCUCGACUCGGUUGUCAAGAAGGAAGACGACUUCGAAUACGAUGAAGUUGGCGGCAAUGGUCCCAAGGCAAACCCUUUCAUGGGCGAUGGCUCGAAGAAGCGAGUCGCUGUAGAGGAGAUCAUGCCCAACAAACGCCAUAAGAGAUUCAAGAUGAACGCUCGUGUCGAAGGCGGGUACGCGCCAAGCUUUAAGCCUAUCACUGUUGAUCUUGAUGAGGAAGAUCAGAUGAUUGUCGACAUGAAGCAGAAGGGGUACAAUGACUUGACGAUUGCCCAACGUCUCCGCGCUCAAGGGUUUACCAAGUAUGAGCCUGGAAGCGUCUCGUGCCGUUGGCUUCGCAUCCGCAAGAAGACACAAGAGUACGAGGAGAAGCUGCUCGACGAAGAGCUUACCGACUGGCACAUGGGAGAAGACGAACUCCUCGAAGAAGCCGAAGCCGCUGCCGAAGAAAAGUACAAAGUCGAGCUAGAGAAGCUUGAGCGGAAGCGCUGGACCUGGACUGCCCAAAACUUGAACAGGCGUCUUGCUCGGGCUCGUUACUCAGCCAAGGCUUGCAAGGAGCGCUCUGAAGCCAAGGCCAAUGGCACUGCCCGAUGCCCUCCUGAGAGUGAUCCCGAUCCCGAAGGCCGUGCUCGCGAGCGUCAAGAGCGUAUUGCUGCCUUCAAGCAGCGUAAGCGGGAUGAAGCAGAGCAAGCCGCUGCCGCAGCCGAAGCAAAGAAGAAAUCGAAGAAGAACGAUACUCCCGCAAAGAUCGAGGCUCGCGCACGUAAGGCAGCUCAAGAUGCAAUUCGGGCACAGAAGAAAAAGGAACAAGAGGAUUAUCGUCAGAACAAGGUUACCACUGCCACAGUCGCCAGAGAGCGUAAGAAGAGUGCAGUCAACAUGGCCCGCGACCUUCGCUUGUACGAGGAGACUAAACACAAGUUCUUUACAAAGCUUCACAAGCAACUCGCCAAGGAAGUUGCUGCCAUACUCCGCAAGAAGGAGAGAAACGGUGGGGUCACUCCCGAGCCUGAAGGCACCAAGCCAGGCUACAAGCCCAAGAGCAGAUAUGCCUUUAAGAACACCGAGGAAGAGAACCGUAACGAGGAUUACGCCAGUGCCGAAGCUGCCCUCGAGGCGCGUGCUGAACUGUUCUCUGGUGUGGUCCAAGCAGUCGGCACAGUUAGCGAGCAGGCUGCAUCUCUGACGAAGCCCUCUGGAGCCGACGAUGGCGAAACAGCCACCAGCAUCUUUCCUGAUGAACCUCGCGAGAUGUGCACCAUCGAUGAAUUGCACGACAUUCUCCGUGCCCGCGGUAUGCUUCUGAACCGCAUGAAGGAGAACAAGUCAGUCAUCAUCUCCCGAUUGAACACCGAAGACGAGAGCAUCGGCAUCCAGGAGCUCAGAGAUCUGUUGCAAGUGCGCAAGGAAGACACAAGCGGUACUAGAGCUGAGUUGAUGCGCCGCCUAUCCAUUGCCGACGCAAUGAGCUCUAGAAAGUACCAAAGCAAGUACGCGAAUCGCCCGCUUGACGAGGACGGCAACAGAACCAAAGUGAGGAUGCCUGUCAAGGCUGGUACUGGAAAGUCAACCAAGCGUUACUGCGCCCGUGAUGUCUCCAUCAAGAACGGCAAGGCAGUCACAACUCCCUCGGCCCCUGCCACCAAGAGAAAGCCCGCUGCCACAAAGGCCCCUGCAAAGAGGACCCCCGCCAAGGGCAAGAAGCAGAGCGAGGCUACUCCAAAGCCACUCAUGCCCGAAGACGACAAUGAAGACGAUUCGGAGGACUUCUCAGCUCCCAAAAAGCUCAAUGAGGACAAGAAGAAGGUUGUCAAGGCCGUCAAGAAGCCUGAAAUUCCCAAGUCCGACGAUCUCGAGGAGAACGACAUGGAGAGCAUGAUGAACGACAUGCUUGCCAAUGCCGGAAUCCAGCUCUAAGGUAACUCAGAAUGAUGAGAAGCUCGACUGCACCUCAAUUCCAGCCUUUCAAUCAGACCACAAGGCAUACGGCGUAAAGGAACCUUAUUCAGCGUGGUCGCUUGGUUUUGAGAGACGGCGGCGUUCCGGAUCUCCUUUUUUGGUACGAUCUUCAACUUUGUACUCCAGUACCCCAGACUUUCCAGUGGCCCGGUGCCUGGCAUAUCUUUGCGACUUGCAAGGCCGCCGCUGGGAUCAAUCAUCAGAGGUUUGGUAGAGGAGAAGAGGACCUUUCCUUUGUGUUACCUCUUUUCCUUGGUUAUUUUCCUCUUUGGCCAGCAGCAAGAGUCUGCACCCACUUUCAUUGAUGAUAUCGGCCCUUACCCUAAUGAUUAAUUCAGCCCAGCAUAACGUAGCUGGUAGUAUAGCACAAUUCAUACACAUUUCCCC